AAAUUUUUAUUUUCUUAAAUAAUUGAAUCAAUUGUGGAUUGAAGUGUUGAUUGGGUAAUAAGUGCAAUUGCUUAAAACAAGAGUAAUUCAGUUAAGUUUGUUCAUUCUUUAACUAAUUCUUAACCAAAGCCCAUAUCGAGCAUAGGUAGCUAUAGGAAGAUGUCCACCAACGAAGAAUUUGUUGCAACAGAGCAUCAGCACCGGCGCUUAAAUCCACUGACUGGGCAAUGGGUACUGGUCUGUCCACAUCGUAUGAAGCGCCCAUGGUCAGGUCAACAGGAAUCCCCUCAGAAAAACGAGCUCCCCGAAUUCGACCCAACAAAUCCCCUUUGUCCAGGCGUGAGCCGUCCUAAUGGUGUCAAAAACCCAGCUUAUAAAUCUACGUUUGUAUUUACAAACGAUUUUCCUGCUUUGCUUGAAGGUGUUCCAGACCCACCGGUCAGCAGUGAUCCCUUGUUUCAGAUGGCACCAGCACGCGGCACCUGUAGGGUAAUGUGUUUCCAUCCAAAGUCCAACACGACUUUGCCGCUGAUGAGUUCAGUAGAAAUUGCUGCAGUUAUCAGAGAAUGGAUUAACCAAUACAAUGAUCUACAAAAGAAGUACACUUGGGUGCAGAUAUUUGAGAACAAAGGCGCAGCAAUGGGUUGCUCAAACCCCCAUCCUCAUUGCCAGAUCUGGGCAUGUUCUUUCUUCCCUUCAGAACCACAAGCCAAAGAUAAGAAUCUAAAAAGCUAUUACGAGCAGCACAAGCGUGCUUUGCUCGAUGAUUACGUAGCACGCGAACUAGCCAAAGAAGAACGAAUAGUUGUUAAGAAUCCAGACUGGCUGGUUGUUGUUCCAUACUGGGCUUCUUGGCCCUUCGAAACCAUGUUGAUUUCUCGCAAUAAAAAUAAGCGAAUCAAUGAUUUAACAAAGACUCAAAUCGAGAAUUUAGCGUUGACAAUAAAGGAGUUGACCACUAAGUAUGACAACCUCUUUGGUUGUUCAUUCCCCUACUCCAUGGGUUGGCAUGGUGCCCCCACUGGCGAGGAAAUGGGAAAAGAUGACGCUCAUUGGACUCUGCAUGCCAUCUAUUAUCCACCGUUGUUGCGUUCUGCAACUAUUCGCAAGUUUAUGGUUGGCUUUGAACUGUUGUGCCAAGCACAGCGGGAUCUAACUCCUGAGCAAGCAGCUCAGAGAUUACGCGACAUUGAUGGAAAAAAGCAUUAUUUGCAGUAGUAAUAAACAAGCUUUUUUGUCCAAAUAUUUCAUAAAUAAAGAUUCCAGUUUUAUUAGCAUGUUAAAUUAAUAAAUGUGAUUUUAUUUAA